AAAUAAACGCAAAGCAGGAGACAUAUUGUUGUUGUUGCUGCCUCUGCCUCUGCUUUUCCUUUGGAGCAACAGUCGUGCUGCUGCCGGGCGACGCUGUAUCACCACACAUGCAUUUGCAAGUAUAUGCACGAGAAUAAGUGUAAGUGUGUGUGUGCGUUGCAUAUGCAAAGUGCAUGCGCACAGAAGAGAGACAGCAACAGGAGAUGGGAUGGAGCUAUAGCUGAGGCGGGCGUUCAGGCCUUCCUGCCUGCCGCCCCGGACAACACAACUCGAUUCCCAUUGCCCUUUGCCAAGUGCCGCACGGAAAUUGCCAGAAAACACGAACGAGCGAGCAGCAGCAGCAGCCCCAACGAGAACGUAGUUAAGGAAAACCCGAAGCCCCAAAACGAUUGCGCAGCGCAUGGUGCGUCGUCCAUGGCCCCAACGAGCCCAAUGAAAACGAAAUGACGAGCCCCACAAGCUUUUAUAUACGCAGCGCCGAGGCAGAGCAGAGCAGAACAGAGCAGAGGCACCGCAGCGCAGCAGUGGAGGUGGCAGCAGCAGCGGCAGUACGUACUCGGAGAAAGUGAUGGCGUUGGCAGAGUAGGAUGGCAGCAAGAGAGCGACCAGAGAGCGUGUGCCCACUCAACGACAGUGUGGUGAAGAGAGGGAGGCAUUUGUGAAUCAUUUUUUGAUGGCGUCAGCAGAGAAGCUAGCGAUGCCGCCGCCCUCUGUGGAGUGUAUUUAUAGGCAUUUAUCGCUGCGCUCCGGCUUUUUUCCGGCUCUCGGGGCCCCAACGCGCGAGCGCAAGCAGCGGAAGCUCUACCUUGACGAAUGGUCACUGGGCGAUGACGAUGGUGAAGGGGCGCGCGGUUUCAGUGUGGCCGAGAAGCUCGAAUCUUCAAAGUUUGCACAGGCAGGGAUGGUGCGGGAGAUGCGCGGCUGCGAUUUAACCGUCGCAUUCCUACAGCAACAUGGCUUCAAUAUACCCUUACUCUUCAGAGAAAAGAACGGCUUGGGUCUGCGGAUGCCCGAUCCCCAGGAGUUCACAGUGGGCGAUGUGCGGCUGUGCGUGGGAUCGCGUCGUCUGCUGGACGUGAUGGAUGUGAACACACAGAAGAACCUACAGAUGACGAUGAAGGAGUGGCAGCAGUACUACGAGUGCCCGCAAAAGGAUCGACUGCUGAACGUGAUCUCGCUGGAGUUCUCGCACACGCGACUGGAUCGCUUUGUGCAGAGCCCAGAGAUUGUUCGCCAGAUCGACUGGGUGGAUGUGGUAUGGCCCAAGCAGCUCAAGGAUGCCCAGAAGGAGGGCACCAAUCUGCUCGGCGGCAUGAUGUACCCCAAGGUGCAGAAGUACUGCCUGAUGUCGGUGAAGAACUGCUACACAGACUUUCACAUUGACUUUGGCGGCACCUCCGUCUGGUAUCACAUCCUCAAGGGCAGCAAAGUCUUCUGGCUGAUACCGCCCACCGAUCGCAACCUGCAGCUCUACGAGAAGUGGGUGCUGUCCGGCAAGCAGGCGGACAUCUUCUUCGGCGACACCGUCGAGAAGUGCGCACGCGUCUAUCUGACGGCCGGGAAUACCUUCUUCAUACCCACCGGCUGGAUCCAUGCCGUCUACACACCCACCCAGUCCCUCGUCUUUGGGGGCAACUUCCUGCACUCGUUCGGCAUCGUGAAGCAGCUGAGGACGGCCACCGUCGAGGACAAUACAAAGGUGCCGCAGAAGUUCCGCUACCCCUUCUUCACCGAGAUGCUCUGGUACGUCCUCGCGCGAUAUGUCUACACUCUGCUCGGCCACUCGCAUCUCGAGGGGGAGCCCUCGGCCAGCGAGGCGGAGAUGGCCGCUCGUCCGCACAUCCACCUCACGCACUACGAGCUGUUCGGGCUCAAGGAGAUCGUCAUGUAUCUGUACGAUCUGCCGCCGCAGAAGAAGAACGUGCCCAAUCUCGUGCUGGACCCUGUGGCCCUCAUCAAGGAUGUGCGCACACUGGUGGAGCGGCACUGCAAGGACCAGCAGGAUCAGGCCGUCACGGGCAUGUCCGUACUGCGUACGGCCUCCGAGGAGCAGGCUGGCUUUCAGCUGUACGACCGCACAAGGGUCAAGCAGGAGAUCAAACAGGAGAUUGUCCGCAAGAAUGCCGAGGUGAUCCGCGAACAGCAGCAGCUGGAGGCGGGCAGGGAUGGCACAGUGGCUGCCUCCGGUGCCGUUGUGGCUGGCAUUGAGUACAGCAAUGGAGUCUUGAAGAAGGAACAGCUGGAGAAUGGCGGCGGAGCAGCAGGAGCUACUGGCCAAACAGGGGCAGGCGGAGCGCAACCAGAGGCCACCUUUGUCCUGCCCACGGAUACGCUCAAGUAUCGUCCGCCCAAGAAAAUGCAUCUGGCAAAUGCAGUGGCAGCGGCAGCGAGCAGCAGCACCACCUGUGGAGGAGCUGGAGGAGGAGGAGGAGUAGCAGCCGCUGGAGGACCUGCAGCAAACAGCAAUAGUCCUCCCAAUGGGGGUGGGGCGGCAGGGGCAGGGCCAGGCAAUGCCAUCAGUGUGAUUGCCACAUGUUCCAGCUACAAUAAUCUGAACAGCAGCGAUGCGGCAUCUCUGGACAACAACUGUCCCUCGCCCGGCGAUGGGGCCAAGCUAUCGCCCCAUCUGACGGGCACCGGCCAGCCGAGGCGACGACGCACGCGCUGCAAGAACUGUGCCGCCUGUCAGCGCUCCGAUUGCGGCACUUGCCCCUUUUGCAUGGACAUGGUCAAGUUCGGUGGACCGGGACGGGCCAAGCAGACGUGCAUGAUGCGCCAGUGCCUGUCGCCCAUGCUGCCGGUGACCGCGCAGUGUGUCUACUGUCAUCUGGACGGCUGGCGGCAGACCCCAGUCUCGCCGCAGACCAAGCAACUGGCCACCGUGGACGGUCCCUCGGCGCUGAUGGAGUGCUCCGUUUGCUACGAGAUUGCCCAUCCCGACUGUGCGCUCUCGCAGCUGGACGGCACAGAGGAUGCGGCCGAUGCCAAGGGCAUUGUCAACGAGGAUCUGCCCAACAGCUGGGAGUGUCCCAGCUGCUGUCGCUCCGGCAAGAACUACGACUACAAGCCACGGCAUUUCCGGGCUCGUCUGAAAUCCUCUGAGGUUCGUCGCGUCUCCGUUUCCCAUGGCCCUGGCCCUGGCGAGGCUGGGCAUGAGGGAACGGGCACGAGCACGAACAGCUUGCUGCCGCCACCCGUAGGACAGUACACGGACUUUGUCUUCACCAGCGAAUCGGAGAUGGAGUCUGGGGCGGCGGGUGGCCAUGUUGCCCACUGGAAACACGGAAUGAAGCGGCACCAUCAGCUGGAGGUGAAGACCGAUCGAAACAACAGCUGCGACACCCCAUCCCCCGGAAUAUCACCGAAUGCCGUGGGCGACAAGGUGAAGCGGCGCAAGAGCGACGAUGGGACGAGCGUCAGCAGCAGCAUGCAAGAGAGCAACGAUGCGCCGUGCAACUCAUCCGUGGAUGGAGCAGCUGCUGGCGGAGGAGGAGGAGGAAUGGCGACAGCUAGUGGCGGAGCCGGAGGCAGUGGUGGCAAUCAGUGGAGUGGCGGCGGAGGAGGAGGAGGUGGGGGUGGCGGCGGUUCGCGCAAGAAGAACUCGAUACGCUCCCAGUUGGCCCAGCAGAUGCUCAACAACUCGAAUCGGGUGCUCAAGAAGCCGCAGUAUGUGGUACGGCCGGCAGCAUCCGGCAGCUCGUCCGGCAACAAUGGCAGUGGCGGAGGCGGCAGCAAUGGCAUCAGCAACGGAACAGGCCAAAGCGGCGGAGGUGGCUCUGCCGGGGAGCGUGGGGCCAAUGGCAGCGGCACGAGCGGCUCCAAUGGCAUCAACAGUCUGCAUCACAGCAGCUCCCUGGCCCUGGACCCCACAGUGCUGAAGAUCAUCUUUAGGUAUCUGCCGCAGGAGACGCUGGUCACCUGCUGCUCGGUGUGCAAGGUGUGGUCGACGGCUGCCGUCGAUCCCGAUCUCUGGAAGAGCAUGAACUGCUCGGCGUACAAGAUGUCCGCCUCCCUGCUGACGGCCAUUGUGAGACGGCAGCCGGAACACCUCAUCCUCGACUGGACGCAGAUAGCCAAGCGGCAGCUGGCGUGGCUGGUGGCCCGCCUUCCAGCCCUCAAGAAUCUCUCGCUGCAGAACUGUCCCAUUCAGGCGGUGCUGGCCCUCCACACCUGCCUCUGUCCGCCCCUCCAGACGCUGGACCUGAGCUUUGUGCGGGGCCUGAACGACGCCGCCGUCCGGGACAUUCUGUCGCCGCCCAAGGACUCGCGGCCCGGCCUAAGCGACUCGAAGACGCGACUGCGUGAUCUCAAGAUCCUCAAGCUGGCCGGCACAGACAUCUCAGACGUGGCCGUGCGCUACAUCACGCAGUCGCUGCCAUAUCUCAAGCACCUGGAUCUCUCCUCCUGCCAGCGCAUCACAGACGCGGGCGUGGCCCAGAUAGGCACCUCCAACACGGCCAUUGCCCGCCUGUCGGAGCUCAAUCUGAGCGCCUGCCGCCUCGUCUCCGAGAACGCGCUGGAGCAUCUGUCCAAGUGCGAGAGCCUCAUAUGGCUGGAUCUGCGACAUGUGCCCCAGGUGAGCACACAGUCGGUGAUACGCUUUGCGAGCAACUCCAAGCAUGAUCUGUGUGUGAAGGACGUGAAGCUGGUGGAGAGCAGGCGGCUAUCGACCUCUGUGCGGUCGUCCCUCGGCAGCAGUUGGCAUGACUAAAGGAGCAGACCUCCAGGGACAGGAAAUAGGAAUAAGACAGCCCAAAAAAACCUACAAUUUAAUGUUAUACAUUAGAUACUAUGACGAUAGCACCUAGACCCAGCACUUCCCACUCCACUCCAAUCCCCCCUCCCUCACCCGUGACACGCCCGCAAGGGAAUGCCAAAGAGAGCCGAGAGCGAGCUCUUUUGCAUAUUGUAUUUAUUAUAUAGAUACUAUUAUAUAUGUAUGUACAACGGUUAUGUGCAAGCUAGUCAGCCGGUUCCGGGGGAUCACAUCAGAGUUCUCUCGCGUCCGUUUCGCUUGAUCUUCUACUCUCUCUUUUUCCUUUUGUGUACGCCCAACGAUCAGUAGAAUAAUACUCUUCUCAGUAUCCCUUCCCUUCCUUUCCAUUCUGAUCGAACAUAGGACAUAGCGCGUAGUGAUUAAUAUUAGCAUUCCCCCCAUGAUGGUAAUUACAUUUAAUCAGUGUCAUAUAAUUAAGGAAUGUCUAGAACUAGCGAAAGCAACGGCACACACGGCUUUUUCUAGCUUAGAGAGUGUAGAGAGAGAGAGAGAGAGAAAGAGAGUCCUGCUACGUUUCAGAUAUACAUAUACUUAGGGCUGGCUAUGCACAGUCGAACUUGUUCGCCUGUGUAUGCCCUGCUUAAGAGUG